AUGCGUUCAUCGAUCAUCCCGACAGCGGUGUUCCUCCUAGGAGUGUCGAGCAAUGCGCUCGCGCAGUCAAACCUCCCGCCCCUAGGCUCAGGUGUUUUCGAAGUCAGCACGCGUCAGUUGAUCGACGCUCCUCUUGAGACGGUGUGGAAUGCCGUUCUCAACUUUUCAAGCUACCCCGACUGGAACCCGUUUUCGAGGUCCCAGGUUGUCUGCGACGAGUUCUUCAUCCCACUUGACAACCAAACUGCAUUCGAAGGGGCAAGGAUCAUCAUUAACGCCCAGAUACCCCCUCUGCUUGUGCCCGUGAAUCGGACAACGCCGUCGAAUCCCUUGCACAAUCAAGUCUCCUUUGAGAACAUCACGCACUUGCAACCCGACUUGCAUCGUGUCGCAUGGAAACAGAUAGAUAUACCCGACAUCGCGGUGAAUGCGACACGUUGGACCGCUGUCAGUACGGUCGAUAAUAUGACGCUAUAUGAGAGUGCGGAGGUAUACGGUGGUGGACUUGCGGGAGUCGUGGAGUCGUUGUUUGGUGAGGGCUUGCAGGAGGCUUUCGAUGCACAGGGCGUCGCCUUGAAGGAGCUGCUUGAGGGUACAUCAUGA